UAAACGUUUAAGCCCGCCCACAUUUAGCUCCUCCUCGAUCUGCGAGCUGCAGUCAGGGGUUACUCGUUUAUAGUGAUGGUUGGUUAAAAAAGAUAUGGCCUGGUUUUCCUUGUUGACAUCCAGGGCGUGUGUGUCUGUGUGUGCCACCAGGCAUGUGUAGCUCCUCCUUUUCGGCACCUUUUCGAAUACAAUUAGGCCUAUGUAUCUAAAAUAGAUGCAUUCAAAUUGACCGUCACAUUUUUGUUAUGAAUAUGCCGGUCCUCGGAACAAAAAAGGUUGGGAAGGAACCCCUGCUUUAAACUCGUGCAUGUUGCAGAGUAUGUCCAACAGCGCCCCCUGAGUUCAUGGUGGUUUGCAGAACACUGUGUCACACCGGAAAGGGUCCGAGGGUGGAGGCGGACCCGUAUGACGUUGUCCGUGUUUUUCGGCUCACACCGGAAGCCUCAUGCGAGAAAAAGCCGACCUUGUCCUGGCCGUUUCAGUCACAGCCGAGAGACUUGAGUCUUCCAAAUCCCUCAUGGAGCAAAGAGAUGCUGCAGCAUUAUGAGCUCUACAACAGCCAGUGUGUCGGCGAGGAUGGAAAGGAAGGCUCUGGACCGUGGAGGAGACUGCCCAGCUACAACCGCUUACUCAAGUUUGCUACAGGGGGAGUGCUGCUCAGUAAGAUCAUCCAGUCGGAGGCGCGCCUUUUUACGAGGAACAUCAAAAUCCCGGGGGCGGGAUUUGAAUACGUUAUGUUCAUUAAAAAAUCGCAGGAGAAAUGUGUGUGUAUAUUCCAGGCUGGACAUCUGCUAGAAGGGCCACCAGGGCACGUCCACGGGGGGGCGACAGCGGCCAUGAUUGACUCAGUAAACGGGACACAUGCCACCUACGUGUGCGGACCUGUGAUGACUGCAAACCUAAACAUAAAUUACCGCAACCCCAUCCCAUUGGGCAGCACAGUGGUGCUGGAGUCUACGCUGGAUCAAAGGGAAGGACGAAAAGCUUUUUUCUCCUGCAUUGUGACUUCAAUAGAUGGCUCCAAAGUCCAUGUAGAAUCAAAAGCACUGUUUCUAUCUAUCUCCAUGAGCCGCAUAUUAGGAGGCUAGCACCCGUCACACCAGCCCACCGACCCUACGAAACAUGUCUGUCUCCAAGCGACCCGUGAGUUCAGAGAUUUGGGGAUCCUUCUUCACUGGCAGUGAGGGUGAUGGAGAGGGAUCCUGGAGUUCAGAGGCCCCUGAUUUGGUCCAGCCCUGGGUCCUCCGGCCGUCACCAUGCCUGGGGGCGAGAUUGACGCGAGGAAAGGAGUGAUGUGUGAGUUCUUACCAGACUUCCAAAAGGAUUGACCAACAAAAACUAUUCUUUAUUUAUGCAAUGAAUUUAAUUUAUCAUCUUUUGGAGUAUAUUCAUUUUUGGGCGGUUGGAUACUGUGUUCAUUAUCACAGUGUUGCUGUUUGUAGGAUGUUGGAGAUGUUUUGACUGAUAAAGCCUUUGUAAGGUGCUGGAGAUGUUUUUACUGAUGAAGCCUGAUCACCCAUCUGCACAUCCUUUAUUUAUCACAUUAUUAAUAUUAGAAAGGGAAGAUUUCUUCAUUAUAUUGAACUUUAAAGUAAGUAUGGCUAAGUGUUGGAAAAUGUGUGAACUCCUCCAAUGAAAGUGUCUUUCAGAUUGUAGGAAGAACACGUACAUUCCUGGGUGGGCAAGAAAUGUCCAUCAAGCAGAAAGCAUGGUGCAAGUUGGGGGGUGGGGACCAAUUGUUUGGUUUGACCCCAUUUACAAAUAUAUUGUUCCACUGUCAUCAUUACUGAAAAAACACACUGUGCUAUUAUUUGUGUCGCCUCAUCAGAUUUCGCCUCGGUUAUUUCCUUUCUUCACUGUUGUAUGUGGGGAUUUCUGUGUGUUUUAUUUUUAUUUCCUCCCAUUGUAACAUAACUAUUUGGGGUCGAGGUGUGGAGGUUUUCAAGUUUAUAUUUAACGUAAUAAUUUUAAAUAUGCUCAAACAAGAUUUAAAUUAUUCGGUAAUAACAUUAUUUUCUCCGUCAAACAUUAUUCGAUUUUUUGAAUAGCACACACACACACACACACACACACACACACACACACACCCUACCUUAUUGGCUACAGGUGCCUUGUUUGGAUUGAUGGUGUUGUUUGCAAAUUGGGUUCAUUCAUUGUGUGCGUGUGAUGAUAGAAUGUGUUCUAUGGUAUGUCCUGAUUAUCAUAACGCCUAAAGGUUAUGAUAACGGAAGUUAAAGUAUUGCAGUAGCCUACAAUAUAAUUUGUCAUACUACCUGAGCAUUCAUUGUGUUUAUACAGUUCCUAUAUUUUAAGCAUUACAGGCCCAAAGCCAUGCGGAAUACCAUAAGCAUUGUAGGCGUAAUGGGAUAUUUAAUGGACAUAUUUCAUCUUUAACCCAUAUUUGAAUAUUGCUUAGAAAACGAAGUAGGACUACAAUUUAGGCAAACCUAUGCAAAUUAUAGUUCGAACUUAAAUAGUCAAAUUCUAAUGCACUAUUAUAAGAUGAUAUAUCACGUGGCUCUUGCGGCGCACUGGUCAUCAUUAAAAAGUUAAUUGUCCUUUAUAAACGUUACAUUGAACCGGGUUGCGGAAGCUGGUUCCAGCAGCAUUGGGUUCUAUUUCUCAACCGAACAACACAAAGCAAACCUUAUCCGAUAUAAUGACGUAACUCCCGGUGAUAUAACUACUCCCGAGCACGGGACCUGAAGGACUCAGAUACCUGGACCCGAAGGACUCAGAGACCUGAAGGACUCAGAGACCUGAAGGACUC